AUGCCUGAGCCUAAACUGGGUCAGAUGAGCAUCGCUGGGCGCCCCAGCAGCUACCAGGUAUACCUCUGCCGAGCGCGGAGCCCCAGCCCUCGGCAGGCAGACAGCUGCCUGGCCAACAUGCCCGGCUUGUCUGCCAGGGAGGGUUCGACGGGUGCCUGUGAAACCAGCGGAGGAAGUUUCUACCCCACAGCUCUUUGUUUUCGUUCUCGUAAUGCUGCUUGUCGCCUUCAUUGCGCUGAUGCAGCUGUUGGCCGGACCGGGCAGGGUAAGUCAGUUGAACAGUUUCAGUCCCGCGGAUCCGAGCAAUUUGUUGAAGCGGGGGCUGUUUUCCGGUACGCUGACCUCCAAAUGAUAGUAUUGCAGUCUCUACACAAGUACCAGCCCCGGCUUCAUAUUGUGGAAGUGACUGAAGAUGGUGUUGAAGAUCUGAACGAUUCCUCAAAGACUCAAACAUUUAUUUUCCCUGAAACGCAGUUCAUAGCAGUUACAGCAUAUCAAAACACUGAUAUUACCCAGCUCAAAAUUGACCAUAAUCCUUUUGCGAAAGGCUUCAGAGACAACUAUGACUCCAUGUACACAGCUUCAGAAAAUGACAGAUUAACUCCAUCUCCCACGGAUUCUCCUAGAUCCCACCAGAUCGUCCCUGGUGCCCGAUACAGCGUGCAGCCGUUCUUCCAAGAACAGUUUGUCAACAACCUGCCCCCAGCCAGGUUUUACAACAGUGAAAGAACCGUCCCUCAGACAAACGGCUUGCUCUCCCCGCAGCAGAACGAAGAGGUGGCCAGCCCUCCUCAGCGGUGGUUUGUAACGCCUGUGCAGCAGCCCAGUGCCAACAAACUGGACAUGAACUCCUAUGAGACGGAGUAUUCUCCUAGCACCUUGCUCCCUUACGGCAUUAAAUCCCUCCCCCUUCAGACAUCCCAUGCUCUGGGGUACUACCCUGACCCGGCGUUCCCAUCCAUGGCGGGCUGGGGAAGCAGGGGCUCUUACCAGCGAAAAAUGACAACAGGAUUACCUUGGACCUCCAGAACAAGUCCUCCAGGUUUCUCUGAAGACCAGCUUUCCAAGGAGAAGGUGAAAGAGGAAAUGGGCUCAUCCUGGAUAGAGACUCCACCCUCCAUAAAGUCUCUAGAUUCGAAUGAUUCUGGGGUCUACACGGGUGCUUGUAAGAGAAGACGGCUCUCCCCUAGCACUUCCAGCAAUGAAAAUUCCCCGACGAUGAAAUGUGAGGACAUUAACGCUGAGGACUAUAGCAAAGACACUUCAAAAGGCAUGGGCGGCUACUACGCAUUCUAUACUAGUUCUUAA